UGCUGGAUGGUGGUUGGAGGCAGAUUAGUAGUUGGUGAUGAUGGUGGUGGUGGUGGCGUGCCACGAGGGGGCGUGCGCGUGGCGUGGCCCGGUCGCGGUGGUGGUUGGGGGUGUGGGUGCACGGCGCUGCUCACCCCCAACCUCCUGCGCCGCGUGAUUACGCGACGAUGUGCGUCACGGCGCCGCGCACAGCCCCGCUCCAUCCCCUUGCUCGAUUCCUCCUCAUCCUUUCCCCCCUCCGCAUCCUCUCCAUCCCCAUAGCUCGCUCCCCUCCCACUCCAUCCAUCUCUCCUCUCUCUCGGCGCACCGCGCGCGCGUGCCUUGCGUUGGGCACGCAUCUGUCCGCUUGCUGCUGCUGCUUGCUAGUGCUGCUCUUGGAAGGGCAGCAGCUCGCCUUGAAGACCCUGGAGUGACCACGGAGCUCCGUGCAAAAGCACAGAAGAGGCUCCGCGCACCGCCAUGGACUACGCCACCAUGGACUACCAGCAGGGCUAUGCCGAGGGCCGCAGCCCACUGCUGCACGACAAGGACCCGCGGCUCCCCACGGGGGACGACCCGGGACCCCGAGCCGACCCCGACGACCUGGACGAGUCGCUGUGCCGCUUGCCGCUGGCCGACGGCGCGUGCGGCGGCGUACGCACCGAGCUGCUGCGCCUGCCUGUGCACCACGACCACCACCGCCACGACCACCACCGCCACGACCACCACCAGCAGCAGCAGCAGCAGCACCGGCAGCACCCGGACGACCCGGAUGGCCCCGGCGACCCCACCGUGCCCUCGUCCUCCUCGUCCUCCUCAUCAUCCGUCGCGGCCGAGGACAUGAAGGACCCGCUGUUGUCGGCGGCGGCCGAGCCGGGCGAGUUGGAGAUGGGGGCCGCAGUGGAGGGCUGCAGCCGGCUGUUCGACGCGACGAGGAUCUGGCGCCUGUCGCUAUACCCGGCGGACGGCGCGGCGGGGUCGGCUGCAUUCUACACGGGGUCGCCGCACGCGGACAGCGUCGACUCGGCCUCCUCGCCCGCGCCGCGCACAGAGGAGAGCGUUUCUCCGUCUCCGCACGGAGGAGCGCGUGACGGCAGCGGCGACGAGCACACGGACCCCGGAGGCGUUGGUGGCGCGGCCCCCCAGGACAAGAGCCGGCGCGGACGGACCCCCCGAGACUCGCCCGGGCAGCAGGCGCAGCAUGCGCAGCACACUCAGGCGUGCAGCCAGUGCGGGAAGGCAUUCCGUAGCGGCAGUGCCUUGAACAAGCACUACCUGUCGCACAGCCAGGAGCGCAAGCACGUGUGCGAGGUGUGCCACAAGGCCUUCAAGCGGCAGGAUCACCUGGCGAGCCACAUGGUGACGCACCAGAAGAGCAAGCCCUUCUCCUGCUGCGCCCAGGGCUGCCUCAAGAGCUACUGCGACCUGCGCUCGCUCAAGCGCCACUACGAGUCCCACCACAAGCUGCCCUACCCGCCCGAGGGAGGGCAGCCCUUCCCCGCCACCUCCCCCGCCGUCGCGCGCUCCGAGCCCCACCAGCCGCCUCCCGACGGGUGCCCCACCGACGCCAAGGCUCCGCUUAACGGCCUCGACCCUCCGUCGCACUGCCCCGACGACGAUCCCACGACACGGCUGUCGCCGCCGCCGCCGCAGCAGCAGCAGCGCCAGCACCGGCCGACGGGCGACGCGGCACAGACCCUGGACUCCGCCGGCCCGCCGGACGACCCCGGGGCGUUCCAGCUGCGCGUCGUGAGCGUGACGGUCAGCGCCGAGUACACGGAGGGGGUUGCGGCGGCCCAGCCGGACGCCGGUUUCCCGCCGCUGCCGGGGAGCGGCCACGGCUUGCACCUCGCGCCGGCCAUGCCGCCUGCGCCGCUGGCGCCGCACGAUUCCCAGAACCACGCUCCGCCGAUGCUGCGGCAGCAGCAGCAGCAGCAGCAGCCGGACGGCGUGGGCUCUGCGCGCACGCCGGAGCUGCUCUCCGUGCCCAAGCUCCUGGAGCCGGCGCGCCCCGCCAGCUGGCCCCACCCGGCCGCCAGCCAGCUCCUGCUGGCGCCCCCGGGCGAGCCCCCGCCUCCGCCUCCACCGCCCCUCCCCCCGCCCUCGCAGCACGGCCCGUGGGCGGCGGCGUCGUUGACCCAGGGGGCCGGGGUCGGCGACCGCCUCCUGCCCUCGCUGCCCGCGGGCGCCGAUGGGGCGGCUCCCUCCCGCAGCGGCCAGAAACUGGACUCGUUUGUGCAGGCGUUCGCCAAGAGGAAGCCGGCCGUGCCGGGCGCAGUGCCGAGCAGCGCGCCGGGCCCGCCGCUCCUCCUGUCGGCGUUCGGGGAGGGCGACCUCGGCGACCUCGGCGGUGGCGGCGCCGUUGCGCGGCGGGCGGCAGCCAUGGAGCAGCUGUCGCCCGUCGGGGCGCAGCAGUUCACGCUGGCUCCCGCGCACGGCUGUCAUCAGGCGCAGCAGCAGCAGCCGCCGCCGCCGUACGCGCUGCAGGUGCAGGGUAGUCUCCCUGCACCGUUCCACAACCAGCAGCAGCAACAGCAGCAGCCACACGAUGCGUACAGGACACACGAGUUCCAGCAGAUCCAACAGCAGCUCCUUCAUCAGCAUCAUCAUCACCCUCACCAUCAUCACUCGCACCAUCAGCUGCAACAACAGCAGCAGCAGCAGCAACAAACUAUGCAGACUUUGGAACAAUCCUGGCAGCAGCAGCAGCAGCAGGUGCAGCCAGCAAUGGCGCAACACAAGAUAGAAGCCAUACAGCAGCAGCAGCAGCACUUUCCGGCAAUGUCCCUCCAUCAGCAACCUCAGCACGGUUACCUCCGGCUGGCGCCGCAGGCGACGCAGGCGUUUGCGCCGGCGCCCGCAGAGCGUCCGCCGGCCUCCGAGUCUGGCGAGCCCCCGAGGCUCGGGAAGCCGGGCGAGGCGCGCCGCACGUACGGCGCCCACUUCCUGCAGCCGCCGGUGCUGGGGCAGCACGCGCUGCGCCCACCCCACGGCGGCGCCAAGCAGGUGCAGCAGCACACGGCUAACACGCAGUUCCAGCCAGUGGCGGGCACGGCGGGGCCCGGCCCCAUCUCCGUGCGCCACCUCCUGUCGUCGCGCCUCCUUGCCCUCUCCGCUCACCGUCCAUCGGCGCCGCCCGACGGCUCCGCGCACGGCCACACCUGGGCGCAGGGCCAGCAGAACUCGGUGCCCCCGCUGCCGCCGCACCACAAGCCGACGUCUCCCGACAGCGUGUGGGUGGCUGGCGACGGCAUGGAACGUGCGGCCCUGGCGUGCGCGUUGUGCGGCCGUGCCUUCCGCAGCCUCCCUGCGCUCAACGGUCACAUGAGGCUGCACAGCGCGCGGCCACCCGCCCACGCCGCCAGGGAUACGGACGGCGCGAGAGCCCCCGCCGCCGUGGACGCGCGGCCCCGCGGCCUCGAGCCGGCGCCGCCGGCGUCCGCGCCCGUCCUGGCCGCCCCCCUCCCGCUUUCCCAGCAUGCCUUGCGCACAGGCGGAGAGGGCGACGGGAACGGAGCGGUCGCCGUGAAGGCCGAGCCCGAGACGCCGCCCGUGUCGCCGCCCGCCGGAGCCGAGAAGGUGGCGGCGCCGCCCAACGGGGACCCCUGCGCGGGGACCCUCGGCCUCAAGAGCCACCCGGGAAUGAUUCCGGGCCUCGCGAUCGGCAACGGGGGUGGCGCUCCCGGCUCCACCGUGACCCCCACCGCCCGCACCACCGACACGCAGCAGCAGCAGCGCAAGCAGCGGCCGCGGCCCCAGCCGCUCAUCCUCCCUCCGGCGGCGGCGGCGGCGUGCGGGGCGCCCCUGCCGGGCCUCGGGGGGCUGCCCCCCCAGCAGCAGCCGCCCCCCUCGGGGGGGCUUCCCCAGCCGCCGGUGCUCUACCAGAGCCAGCUGCGUUCGCCGCGCCUCGCCGAGCUCAUGGAGCGCUCCCCGCUGGAGCCGCCGCCCUACACGCCGCCGCCCAUGCUGAGCCCCGUGCGGCAGGGCUCGGGCCUCUACUUCUCCACGCUGCUGUCGGCCUGUGCCGGCGGGGGCGGCGGCCCGGGGCCUCCGCCCUCGCUACUCACGCCCAAGGCGCCGGCGACGUCGCGAAUCCUGCUCAGCCGCUCCAGCAGCUUGGAGAGCUCUGGACCUUUUUCCUACUAUGGAGACGACUCCUCCAUCAGCAUCGAGCCGCGCAUCAACAUCGGCACGCGGUUCCAGGCGGAGGUGCCGGGGCUGUGUGACCGCGGUGCGCCGGGCGGCACGCACGGCGCCGACUUGCUGUGGCAGCCGUGGCCUUCGCUGGAGGACGACCCGGCUACGCAGCGCCAAGUGGAGCAGCUUCUGGCACUGGCUUCGUCGAGUGCCGUGCCGGGCGGCGGCACGAACCGCGAGCUGGCGCUGCACGUGCUGCACCAGGCGCGCGGCGACGUGCUGGCCGCCUUGAAGACACUGCUGUCUGGAGAGGUGACGCCUUGGCAGGGCCCUCACCUGCGCGGGUACCACUAUGCAGGCUCAGACAGCUGGAGCAAGCAGGAGAAGAAGCAGUUUGUUCGCGCGAUGAUGGCGCAUGACAAGGACUUCCUGCUGGUGCAGAAAGUGGUGAAGACGAAGACCAUGGCGCAGUGUGUGGAGUACUAUUACAGCUGGAAGAAGCUGCUGAGACUCGACCGCAAACACAGCGCCCGGCACAACGAAGGGGGGCACCAAGGGAACGCGCUGCAGCCGGUGCUCAGCGGCGGCGGCGGAUGCGGUGCCAGCGAGGGCGCCUCGGAGGAGGUGGUGAGCAGGAGCGGGGAGGAACGCCCGGAGAAUGAGGCGACGGCGGCGGACGCGCUGGGAGGCAGCCCGGGGGGCGCCCCCCCGGUGACGGCGGCGCAACACGCCGCCGUCACGCGCCUCGCCCCCUCCUUCCCGUGCGACGUCGUGGGCUGCCGGGCUAGCUUCGCCUCGAAGCAGGCCCUCAACGGGCAUGCCCGAGUGCACCUGGGCCUCGUGCAGCCGCCCCCGCGCGCCAUGGCUCGCCCCCGCGGCCGCCCACUUGGCUCCGGCGCCGCCAAAACCGGCGCCGUCGCCGGCGUCGGAUCGGGCGGGGGAGUCGGAGGGAGCGGCAGCAGCGGCAGCCGGGGCGGCUCCCCCACCGCGUCGUCGACGCACAGCGGCGACGCCGAGCUCCUCGCCGUGUUCCCGUGCCGCGAGUGCGGAAAGGUGUUCUACAAGGUGAAGAGCCGCAACGCGCACAUGAAGUCACAUCGGCAGCAAGAGAAGCCAGACAAGCAGAGUCAACAGAAGCAGCACGAGCAGCAAGAGAUGCAGCAGAAACAGCAGCUGCAGCAACAGCAGCAGCUGCAGCAUCAGUUUCUGGAGCAAAUGCUGGAUGGUUCGAAUCAUACUCCUCGGCCCCCAUCACUCCUGUGUCCCGCCGCCCCAGACCUUUUCCUCCCAUCCAUGUGACCUCACCAGGCUUGGCAGAUCAGCUGGGAGCUUGGAGAAGAGACGGAGCGAUCCCUGGAGGGAGCUCCGUGAAGGGUGGGGGGAGGGGGGGAUGGAGGAGAGAAGGAGCUCACCUGUGUGGAGAGGCAGUUAGCAACGCAAGGGCAGUUGGGAGGCAGGGGGGGCAGUGGGGGCGGUGACGAGGGGCUGCACCAGCAAGAGAAAACGAGGGGCAGUGGCGGGGGGGUGGGGCAGUGAUACAGGCUCCCCCAGGUGGGAUCACACCUGGAACACCAACUCAACCUCGGCCGCAUCUCGAUCCGCAGGACUCGCGUACCCUAGCUUCCCGUGUGCGAGUUUCCCUCCGCCCGAAAUGUAAAUUCGGCAUCGUGCGCAUGUUGUCCUGCUGCUACUGCUGCUGCUGCCAAUUGGCAACGUCCGUAACGGUGGAAGACGCCAGGCUGCGGCAGUGAGGGCCGCCUGCCGUUGGGAGGUCUGUGGUCAGCAUGAGUGCUUUUACACGAUUAGGUAUUGAGUUGUUACUUUCAUUGUGUUGGGUUUUGUCCCUCGAAGGAGAACGAUAUCACACAGCGCUGUACAUUGCUGUUUUUGGCCGUGGCUGUUUUUGCCGCUCGUGCGUGCGUUUCUAUGCUUAGGUUAGGGUGGGUGGUAGUUUGUACGUAGGUGGAGUUUAUAUGGAGUUGAGUUUCUUUUGUAGCUAUGGAAUCCAUGCACUUUGGUACUUUUGAACAGACUUAACUGUGGCAGUUUCUGUACCCCCCGACUGUGAUUUCAUGCAGUUUUUAUUUGAGUAUUUUUUAAGAAAAAGAUUUUAAAAAGUGAAUAUGUUGAGCACCGACAGUGUGCCUCUGCUCAAAGGCGGCGACAACUCUGAAUGAGACUCUAAUUACAUCUCUCAAUCCUGCGCCUCCCACUAACACCUCUCUGUCUCUUUUAGAAACUCUCUCUCCCAGCAAAUAUUUUUUGUAAAUUCUCCUUUAUUUUCUCUCUCUGUUCAGUACCUUCUCCCUUUCUCUCUCCUACCCUCUUUCAGGCUCUCUCUGCUGGGUGUUCGUGCCAAACGUCCUCUGCUGCUGUGCUAUGCUUGAGUACGUGUGUCGUGUUUGUGUAUUACCUGCCUGUGUGCCGGUACAGCAUGAGGGAAGUGUGGUUGUUGGGCAAGGGAUAUUUUUAGGAUGUGGGGAACGUUUCUGGGCACCGGCUGAAAUGCAGGGUGAGAUUGGCCAUUGUUGGGUAGGGGUAAAAAAGAUGACAUGGCGUGGGGUGGUCUAGUGUCCAGGCACCUCAUGAGGGUCAGGGCGGCCUGGGAAUGGAUGCCUCAACCCAGCUGUCCCCCUUGAGUGUGGCCUCGUCACAGUUCGAGACGUGGCACGGUGCUAUGUGCGGCAGCUGGAACAAGAAAAAACAAAUUCAAUUAUCACAACCCAGCAAGCUCGGUGUGCCAGCCCUCCAGAAUAAGCGUCCCCUUUCUACUGAACUUGCCUGGUGCUCUCGGUGAACGCUGCGUCGCAACUGUUCAUUGUAAUGGCUUUUGGGGACUUUUAUUUUGAUAGGGUGGUGUGCCGCAGUGCCCAGCUGGAUAGGUCAAUGUCAGCACCAACUUUUGUGCUGCGUAGCCAGAAGAUCAAAAAACGGAAAAUUACGUUUUUUUAAAUCUAAGAACAUCUUUUUUAAAAUCUUGAAUAUAUACAGUAUUGGCCCUACGCAACUGUUAUUUAUGAAGAGAAACAGCAAAAUCAUGUGCCUGAGUGGUGAGCGUGUCCCAAUACUGAGUGCCACUAGUUGGUAUUAGGGUAAGAAAUGCAAACAAUGACUUCUCGAGUGUUCAUACAAAAUUACCCAAAAUAUCAACAGAUAAGCACAACGAUCACGUAUGUCAGUAUUUCUACCAUAAGGCGUAACGUUAACAGUUACCAUUUCAGGAACUAAGCAACGUAAAAUGUUUUGUAGAAAAUAAAUAAACAUUGAACCAAAAAUUGGUUGACAUUUUGGCCAAGGGGCCUUACGGAUGGGGAAACUUUACUACCAAUCAAAUGCACACACAAGCUGUAUAUACAAUGCAGUAACAAACAUAUACUUCAUGUAGUACGGUGUAUUAUAAAUUAUGCGCACAAAACAGUACGUCCCAUGAAAAGCUACAAUGCAUGACACGUUGAAAUGCAUUGUAAAUUAUUCAUUUUAUAACGUUAAGCCAUUCGAUGAAGUACUGUAUAUAAAAUGUACAGGCACUCAAUGGACUCUACGCUAGGUGAAACAAAAGUAAGAUUUUUUUUUUUAAAGACUGCUAAAACGAUGAGCAUUCUCACAGCCAAUUUAGGCGGUCGUACAAACAAAACUGAUUACUAAUAAACGCAAAAUUAAUUUGAAAACACCCGAGUAUUUUCAACAUUAAAUGGUUUCCAGUUACCGUACGAAGGACUGCCCUUGAGUUUAGCACCGGACUUGGUGCUCCACGAUUGUGUCUCUUGUGGGGGGGGGGGGCACAGCACUGGGCAUGACCCCAUGAGUGCGGUGGGUGCUGGGCCACAGGUUAACGGGGUUGUUGGGGGGGCAUAGGGGGGCCGCAAUCGGGCAGGGAGGGGAUCAGGAAAAAAAACCUUCGGGCACGCGGGUUCUUUCUCGUGGUUUUUGUACGUUUUAAAAUUUACAAAAAAAUAAAAAAAAUCGUUUUGCCUGUGACACGAUGACAAAACAGAUCUAAGAGUAUAGUUGUACAUCUUUUGUACGUGAUACUUGAAUGUAACAACUGAUUUCGAUCUGGUUGCACUUAAAACUGAAACACGGCGCCUUUCAAUUGUGUACUUCGGCCUGGCACUAUUCUAACAGUUUCCAUUUUUACGGCUUUUCAUAGAUGUGUGAGCACGCAUGUUCUGUUUGGAAAAAAAUUAAAGAAUGUGACAUUGUG